UUUCAGACAAAAAUAUUGUUAUAUAAUAGAUAUUAUUAAUUUCAAGUACCUUCAAAUACUAAGAAAAUUCCUUAGUGUAAUAAGACUUGUCCUCAAUAAAUGCCAGCAAUUUUAUCAAAAAAAUGUAUUGAAUAUUUUUAUUCCUUAUGUACGAACACUUGAAGCAGUUGUAAAAAAUUCCAAAACUAUGAUUGAAAAUCUACACAAUGCUAUGAUGUUUUUAAGCUAUAUAGAUACAAGAUUUUUGUUUUCUGAAGGUUUCAUACCUCAUCCUAUAAUUGAUGCAAUCAAUUUUAUACAUCAAUUCGUCUUAGAAAUAAGUUUGGAAACUAACUCUUUUGAUCUCAACAAAUCACCUUAUGAAAUCUCUGAAAUGAAACUUGAGAAUUUGACAGUAUUUCAAACAGACGCAUCCGAAAAAGUAGAAUUUUUUUUUCAAAAUUGUAACUCUAUGGACAUUUUUCUAACAAAAGAUUUAAAAAAUAUUAAAAUUGCGGAAUUACCUAAUGACUUAUUNUCUGCAAGAAAAGAGAUAAUGAAUAAGUUUUUCGACGAAAUUAUUGAAGUUUGGUACAUAAACAUAGGAUUUGAAGAAUUUCUCAACCCUAAAACAGCAGAUCUCCUAUUGGUUUGACCGACGGGAAGUAGCCGCCUGUUAUUAUUGGUUUUUUAUUUGAUGCCAGUGUGAUACGCGAGAAGAGUGUACACACGUUCGUUAAUGCAUUUCUGUCCGGCACACCAGUGGAUGUGAUUACUAUGGGUCUAUCGUAUUAUGUAUGUCACUGAAACAUCCAUCGAUUUCCCAGCAACCCGUCAGUGAGUAAAUAUUAAGAAUUCUUUUUAUUGUUUGUUUUAAAGGAUAAACAGUCCACAUAUUAUAU